GGAGCGUUCAAAGGAAGCCGUACGGGCAUCGUGGCGGGAUUCCCGUGAUCUCCGCUGCACGAGGGUUCUACGACGGGAGUUCAUUGUUUCCCGCGUGCACGUGACGCUAAGUUCUUCGGGGUCCGAUCAACAGGUACCUAGGUAGUCGCUGAUGCCUCCCAGCCUCUAGCAUCAUCUCCUCCGGAUCCCUGGCAGAUAUAGACAUACUGGAAUCAUGAGAAAAGUAAUGCCUGCUACUAUUGGCAUUCUCAAAACACCCAGGUAGCCCGAGAAGUGAACACUACCCAUCCAUCACGUGCAGAUCCCCAGAACCUCACUCUUCCCAUCGACGAGAUGUCUGAGUCAGCCGAUACUCAAGUUUCGACACUAAAUGGAUUCAUCACGGGCUGGAAGAACUGGAAAGCCGAAGAUAUGAUUGCGUCCUGGUCUCCGGAAUGUACACAACGUGCUCUACCGUUCUCUCUUGGCCAUCCACCUCGAUCCCGAGCUGAAGUCCAAUUCACUUUGCCAAAGCUUAUGGGAAUCGUGUCAAACCAUGAUCUUACUAUUCACGAAGUUGUUCACGAUGCGGCCAGAAGCAAGGCUGUCGUAUAUGCGCUAUCGAAAGGAGAUACACCGUUUGGAGAGUGGAGGAAUGAAUAUGCUGUUUUCCUGACAUUUAGUGAGAGCGGAGAACAAAUUAUCAAAUUUGAGGAGAUGGUGGAUUCUGCAUUUUUCAACGACUUCUUCCCGAAGUUUCAGAAACACCUACAGCAGCAACAGUUGUCUGGAAGCUCUCUUGCCUCUAAAUAGCCAUAUCGUAAUUUAUCGUAGCU